GGGGCUCUGUGCUUCCUUCCUUCUCCCUCCAACUCCAGUCUCUUUUUUUCUCUGACUGCUUGAAUCUCUAAAACAUACCCUUACUAUUACCGUCACCUUUUUUACCUUUCUAUCCAUCUUGUGUGAUCCAUUCCCAUUAUUCGGCCCAUAUCAGAUCUUCUCUUGGUAACCUGGUGCUACCCCUGAUCUUCGUUUGCUUUUUCCUUCCUUGCUCGAGCCACUUCAACAACUCUGUAAUACUUUUCCGUUUUCUUUCCUUUUUGUAUAAUCUAAACUUUGCUCUAUACUGUCUUUGGCGGGAACACCGAUGCGAUUGCCAUCUACCUCCGCGGCGUCCCCUUAAGCCCUCAUUAUGAACAAUUAGUGGCAAAGACCCUUGUUGCUAGCGCAGAAAAACACUCACAACAGCAAUACGACCGCUGUUGCAUGCGUUGUGGGCCUACUCGUUAGGAAUUAGUUGCCGCAUAUCUGAACGCUUUCGCAUCCGCCGUUUUGUGUGCCAUUUCCCGAAUGCGGAAUUAGCUUAUAGCUCAUUCCAAUAAAAGGACAGCAGCGCUCAAUAUAUGACGAUCUGACAAACUGCUAAUAUCAUUCUGUCCGGCGGCUGCAGUUUGCAGGUCAUUGCUUUGUAUUAUCAUAGGCGCAAAUGUCGUGAUUCCAGUGACAAGAUAUUCAAUAUGGGAUCAGUUCUGCUGCCUCAAACAGAAUCGUCGCAUUCAUAUCAGUCGAGCUCUAGGGCGCUACUUGGUUCAUCUUCAGAGUUCGGCUACACUGGAGUCAACUAUGUUAGAAGCUCCCUAGGUCCCCAAGGCAGUCGUGCGCCGUCCGCAUCAACGAGACGCGGCGAAUGUUUAACCCAUGGACAACGAAGUCUUAUCGAAAGUGCGGGCCAUCGGGAUUAUCGCAUAUCUUCAGUGUCUACUUCAUCGCAUCAAUCCGCUAUAAGCUUACCACGGUUAUCAUAUUCUCCAAGAGAGCCUUAUUGCAGAGCCAACGCGCAACCUAGAUCAGAGCAGGACGAUUUUGCCGAUAGGAACCAGUCCUACAUUAGGCUGGAGCAGGGUGUGCAAAGAGACAUUGGGAACUCCAACAGCCGCUCACUCUCGUUUACCUCGAUACUAAGAGAAAAGAAUACGAGACGACGGCUUGUCACACUUACCACAUCUGCUCUGUUCCUAAUCCUAGCCCUUUCUCUUUACUUUGCGUUCACUGUCUCCAAAUCGCACCUAGGCCACGAACUUCAUAUACUUUUGAUAUUUAUGAUUCUGAUCCUUGCCAUUGUCUUUUUUCAUUCCCUUAUCCGAUUUUCUAUGGUGACCUUGCGAGGUUCCAGAUCUACUAUGGCUAUGAAUCGGAUACCAAGCAGAGCAGGGCCAACUGGCUACGUUCAGCCAGAGCGUCCCAUUCAUGUUAUUCUCGCCGGGGACGAGGAGACUUUGGCUCAAAACAAUGGUGCCAACCGGGAGAAGGUCACGCCCCCGCCUCCAGCGUAUGGCCUCUGGAGAAGUAGCGUAAGACUUAAUCCAGACUUACUCUAUUGGCACCGCGUAGACGGCAAUGCCCCCUCUUUACCGCAACACGUAAACAAGGCCCAAGGCUCGGGCGGCAAGGUGCCAUUACCACGGCCUCCCAGCUACACUUCUGACAAUGGUAUCGACUAUGUGAUUGAAGCACAACCCCGAUCGCUUACCCAAGGCCCUUCUGCUGAAUGGCCAGGGCGUCAAUGAUGGUCCUUCUGUGGAGCUAUUUGCCGCCUCAUCUGAUAUCGUUCUUCCUUUCCUUCCUUUUAGAAUGUUUUUCCCGUCGCAUUAUUACCACUUACAUAUCAGCUAUCAUUUUGCUUGAGAUACACCAGGGACUUUAUUGGGCGUUACAGUAGUUGUCUCGAGCGGGAGUUAUCUAGACAGGAGAGCAACCAACUAUAGACAGCAGUGCUGGUCAAUCUAUAGUCACCAUGUUCAUCUUUUCAUUCUCGUAUCUUUUUUUUAUAGCGUUGGGUGUACCUUAUUUCUGCU